GCCGCUGGCUCCGGGCCCUGUGCCACGACUACUCCACGUCUGCCCGCGAGGCCUGGGCGGGUGCCCGGCGCCGCCCCGGCACCACCCUGGGGGUCCUGGGCGCCCUGGGGGCUCUGGGGGUCUGCGCCGGCUCCGUGCCCGACCUGCAGUCGCUGGAGGGGGCGGCGGUGGCGGCCGGGGGGGCCCUGGGGCGGCUGCCCCCGGGGUGUCGCAGCCCCCGGGCCGAGCGGCGGGUGCUGCGGCUGCUGCGGCUGCGGGAGCGCGGCCGCCUGCGGGUGCUGAGCCUGGGCGUGCUGGCCCUGGCCCACGAGGACCCCCACGGGCCGGACCCCGCGCUCUACGCGGCCACCUGCCCCCACCUGAGGCCCGGGGGGGCUUGGUGGGGGUGGCCGGGGGGGGGAACCCCGCUGGACGUGGGGUUCCUGGGCCGCUGGUGGGGGCUGGAGGCGGCGCUGCGCGACUGGGACGUCAACGACGACGAGUUCGGGGGGCUGCCCGAGCCCCUGCGGCGCCUGGACCCCCGGGCCCUGCGCUCCGAGGGCAACGAGAGGCUCUUCCUCGAGAGGCUGCGGCCCGUGGUGCUCAGGGACGAGGACAUCGAAGGCGAGGGGGGGCCCUGAGGGACCCCCGGGCACCCCCCGGGCACCCCCCGGGCACCCCCCGGGCCAGGAGGAGUCAGAGUGUCAUUUAUGGUUUAUUGGGGUGGAGGAACUGGGGGGGUUUGGCCUCAAAAUCUGGGGGA